CAUAAAAAGGACCCCGUCCCAAAGACUCCUCGCAUUUAAAUGGCGGACACAAGUUGUUUGUCGUAACAGACUCCCUCUUGUUCACCUCAGGGAGCGUUGGUUUUCGACACAGGCUAGAAUGGAGACGCUCCAAGGGGAGGAGAGGAGUGAGGAGACCGACACGGACAAGCCGAGUCCGGAGACGAGGGCCUCGGACGAAGCCAUCGCUUUCAUGUCAAGCAUUGAGCCCGCGGAGCUGCCAAAGUGCGUGUUCGCGGAUUCCCUGGUGACCGUGUCCGAAGGCGGUCGAGACUUGGGAAGGUUCUGCAUCUCCGUGGAGUUUGCCCGCAGAGCCCGGCGGCCGUGUAUGCUGCUGCACGCCCAAAGCCAGGGGGCCAUCGACGACUCCCCCUGCGGAACAACCGUGACAGCCUACCUCACUGCUGACCUGGAAGUGCUGGAGGAAGAUUACCACGAGUAUGUUAAGCUCGAGGGCCACCUUGUGGACAAACGCUGUCACAUGGUCCAACGAGGCGGGAAGACGAAGAUCGAUAAAGUCACCACAGUUGGAACGGAAGUGACAAAGGAGAGUGUUUCCUUUUCCACAUCGGCCUUGAGAGGGCUCAUAACUGAGGGUUCCAACUUCCUGCUCAUGCGUCUUAUUGCUUUGAGGAAGAAAGUCCCGGAGCACUUGGCCUUCAUCUGCUUUGACCAGAAAUUACGCAUCGUCCGCACGACCUUUAGAGAGCUGGAAGAGAAGGAGAUGCAGAUUGAGGAGGAAACUGUGGAGAUAUUUGGGGUGGAGCGGGUAAUCCAUUCUGUGGACGACACCCCUGUAACAUGGCAGUGCUGCUUUCUGCCCGAUGGGCAUCUUGCGAGCAGAGUGCAGGUGGGAUCUCCUGUCAUGAUGAGGUUGAUGCAGCUGCCGUCGAAGGCGGAGGAAGUGUUUGGGAAAAUGCCCCUGGUUUGGGAGGAAGACAUACAGAUGCGCUCCAAGUUCUUGGACAGAAAGGAGGAGCUGAGGGCCGACCACGCUUCAUACCUGACAGAUCACCCGGAGAUCCGUGCCCUCAUAUCUGACUUCCUGCAGUUCCUGCUAUUGAAGAAACCCGACGACGUCUUCCAAUUCGCUCGAGAGUACUUUCUCCCCUUCGCCCCCCACUGUGCCGCAGACUCAAACCUUGACGACUCAUCACAAUGAAAUACCCCCUUCUAAAAAUCACUUUUAUAUAACCUAAAGUCACGAUUCACACAUUUAUCAGUAUUAUAGCUUGUUUUUCAAAUUGUUUAUGUUGGUGUACGUACAGGAGGAAGGGGAUUCACAUGACCCCAUAUGUCACAAUUUACCCGACACAUGAAACGUGACGAAUUUGGAGCGUGCACUAUUCACUUUAGCUCCAGAUGGCGGUAGGGUGUUGAAUAGCUUACAGUGUGUUUUGUGGCAAAUUCUAACUUUGUCAACAGCGUCAGUCGCUAUGUAGAGUGGCGCUUUCCUUCAUUUUCAGCAGACUGCAUUGCAAAAUCUUACACACGAUCCACAAGAAUUGGGCCAAAUGAACGCCUUCCAUACUGUAUUCAAUUUAUAAUGUUUUUUUUAUGAAUAUUGAUUUAAGGCUUGACUCACUAUACCAGGAAUGACCUGUUGUUGACUUCAUUAUAGACCCUCGUUAAUUCACAACAGUAGGAUACUUCAGGGACAUACAUAAAAUUGGAAUCUGAAACUCCUUUUUUCCCCCAUUUGUCCCUGAAGUGGAUGUUAAUUUCAAAAUGCAUUUCUAAAACAUGGCACAAGAGGGCGACGUUUUGUAAAAUAUUCUAACUUUGACAAAAGCGUCAGUUGCUAUGUAGAGUGGCGCUUUCGUUCAUUUUGAGCAGACUGCAUUGCAAAAUCUUACACAUUAUUCACAAGAAUGGGGCCAAAUGAAUGCCUUCCCUACUGUAUUCAAUUUAUAAUGUUUUUUUUUAAUAAACUUGACUCACUAUACUGGGAAAUAUCUUCUGUUGACUUUAUUGUAGACCCUCAUUAAUUCACAACAGUAGGAUACUUCAGGGACAUACAUAAAAUUGGAAUCUGAAACUCAUUUUUUCCCCAUUUGUCCCUGAAGUGGAUGUUAAUUUCAAAACGCAUUUCUAAAACCUGGCACAAGAGGGCAACGUUUUACAAAAUAUUCUAACUUUCACAACAGCGUCAGUCGCUAUGUAGAGUGGCGCUUUCCUUCAUUUUCAGCAGACUGCAUUGCAAAAUCUUACACAUGAUACACAAGAAUGGGGCCAAUAGAAUGCCUUCCCUACUGUAUUCAAUUUAUAAUGUUUUUUUUAAAUAAACUUGACUCACUAUACCGGGAAUGACCUGCUGUUGACUUUAUUAUAGACCCUCAUUAAUUCCCAACAGUAGGCUACUUCAGGGACAUACAUAAAAUUGGAAUCUGAAACUCCUUUUUUUUCCAUUUGUCACUGAAGUAGAUGUUAAUUUCAAAAUGCAUUUCUAAAACCUGGCACAAGAGGGCGACGUUUUACAAAAUAUUCUAACUUUGACAACAGCGUCAGUUGCUAUGUAGAGUGGCGCUUUCUUUCAUUUUCAGCAGACUGCAUUGCAAAAUCUUACACAUGAUACACAAGAAU